AUGUAUCUCUACCUGCUUGUUUCUCAGUUCCCUCAGCAGUCGACUGCAUUUCCCCGGGUUGUUUUCUCUCCUUCACGCACACUCUGUCUGUUUCUCUCUGGCUUCCAGGGUCCCAUAGAGAACGAUGUGGUGAUCCACGUGGCUCUGGUUGCGGAGAGUCAGAGACUGCAGGUGUUUCUCAACACUUAUGGGAUCCAGACCCAGACUCCUCAGCAGGUGGAACCAAUUCAGAUCUGGCCCCAGAAAGAGCUGGUCAAGGCCUACCGUUUCCUGGCCAUCAACAACAAGCUGGGACUGAGUGGGCGUCCGGAGAGACCGGUGGGCUGCAUCGGGACCUGCAAGAUCUAUCGUAUCCUAGGGAAGACAGUUGUGUGCUACCCGAUCGUCUUUGAUCUCAGUGACUUCUACCUGUCUCAGGACGUCAUGCUGCUUAUCGAUGACAUCAAGAACGCCCUGCAGUUCAUCAAGCAGUGUUGGAAGAUGCAGGGACGUCCCCUCUUCCUGGUUCUCAUCCGAGAGGACAACAUCAAAGGGAGCCGUUUCAACCCAGUGCUGGACAUGCUGGCCUCCUUCAAGAAGGGCAACAUCGGAGGGGUCAAAGUUCACGUGGACAGACUGCAGACGCUGAUAUCAGGAGCAGUGGUGGAGCAGCUGGACUUCCUGAGGGUCAACGAGGCUGAAAUCCCAGAGUUCAAGAGCUUCGAGGAGCUGGAGCUGCCCAAGCACUCCAAGGUGAAGCGUCAGAUGAGCACGCCCAACGCCUCGGACCUGGAGCAGCAGCCCGAGAUAGACGUGCCCGAGUGGCAGAACAAGCCCACCUCCGAGGUCCUCAAGAAGUUCUACGAGUGUGAUUGCCUUGCCAGUCAGGCACAGCUGGCCAGUAUUCUCCUGAGCAAGGAGGGGCCUGACUUAUUUACCAAGGACGAGAACCUGAGGGAUGAGCUGGAGAGGAUCUACAGAAGAGCGGGAAGCAGAAAGCUUUGGAUGGCAGUGCGCUAUACUGCGGCCAUCAUCAAGAAGGUUGCCAGUUCUAUUGCCCCACAUAUCACCACUACGUUGGUCCAUGGCAAGCAGGUGACGCUGGGUCUGUUUGGCCACGAGGAGGAGGUGAUCUCCAACCCCCUGUCCCCGGGUGUGAUCAAGGGCAUCAUCUACAGCAGGUGCUGCCCCCCUGGCGGGGAGCGGGAGGCCGUGCUGCAGCAGGAGCUGGUCAUCCACAUCGGCUGGAUCAUCUCCAACAACCCCGAGCUCUUCAGCGGCAUGCUCAAGAUCCGCAUCGGUUGGAUCGUGCAAGCCAUGAAGCACGAGCUGGAGAUCCGAGCGGGGGACAUGCCCCCCCAGGACAUCUACCAGAUGUCCCCCAGCGACGUCAAACAGCUGCUGCUGGAUGUCCUGCAGCCGCAACACACAGGAAGGUGCUGGCUGCACAGGCGUCAGAUAGACGGCUCUCUGAACAGGACCCCCCUGGGCUUCUACGACCGCGUGUGGCAGAUCCUGGAGAGGACUCCCAACGGCAUCCUGGUGGCUGGGCUCCACCUGCCUCAGCAGCCCACCCUGUCUGACAUGACCAUGUACGAGAUGAACUUCUCUCUCCUGGUGGAGGACACUCUGAAGAACAUCGUGCUGCCUGAGUACAGGCAGAUCAUCGUCGAGCUUCUCAUGGUGGUGUCCAUCGUGCUGGAGAGGAACCCUGAGCUGGAGUUCCAGGAGGAGGUGGACCUGGACUCGCUGGUGAAGGAUGCCUUCAGCGAUUUCCAGAAGGACAGCAACCGCCUGGACGCGAAGGAGAAACAGGCGGACAUGGAGGCCUUCUACAAUACUCCGGCGGUGGGGAAGCGCGGCACAUCCAGCUACCUGACCAAGGCUGUCAUGAUCCAGCUGCUGCAGGGAGACGUCAAGCCCAGCAAGGACGACCCCUGCUCCGUCAGCUAAACCCCACCCAGGACAGUGACCCCUGCUCCGUCAGCUAAACCCCACCCAGGACAGUGACCCCUGCUUCGUCAGCUAAACCCCACCCAGGACAGUGACCCCUGCUCCGUCAGCUAAACCCCACCCAGGACAGUGACCCCUGCUCCGUCAGCUAAACCCCACCCAGGACAGUGACUCCAGAACAACCACCUUGCGACCAUAGAAUGACCCCAGGACAAUAUCUGGACAACCUCUGAGCACAAAUCUCUUACCACCUACUCUACCCAAAGUAGUCAAUCAUCCAUUGUCCAACAAUUAUUUUAGGGAACCAGCGGAUCAUAGAUCUGUGGCAACUUGACCUGGGAAAUAAUUGCAGUGUCUUGAACUAGUCAAACUAGUCUAGUUAGCUUUGACUAAUGAGUACAAUCAGCAGUAGCCCCUGUACUGUUGUACAUGUAAACAUUAGUGCUAAUGUGUCCUUUGAACUGGGCCCAGGGUCCUUGCAUGGAGAUUAUACAGCAUGGCAAAGAUUGGUUUUGUGGGCGUUGUUAGAACCUUUUUGUUUGUGUCAAAAGUGUUUAUGAAAAAAUAAGAAGUGUUAGGCAAUCUACAAUUUCCUCAGACACGUUUUCAGAAUCAUGCAGUAAGUGAGCAGACUCGCAUCACACCUAUGUGUAACUGUGAAAAGUUAAAACGUGGAGUUCCGAGUCCAUCCUAUUUUUUCUUCUACCUUAUUUUGCUGUGAGUGCACAUUCAAACCUUUACUUCCCGUAAGCUUGCAUUCAUUAGCAUUCAACUUCCUAAUGUAAGAAUAUAGGACUUGCAUUGAAACUUCAGAACGCUUAUGGUAGCAUUACCAGAUGACUUUGUGUUGCUUAUGUGUUUAUUUGAGGUUUAUAUGAGUGUGCCUGCCCCUCAUUACUCUUACUGUUGUGGCUGCCUUGACAGUGUACACUAUGUAUCACUUAGCAAGGUGUUCUAUUCUGAUUUUGUAAACUCAGCACUUCAACAUAAAUAAAGUCGAGAGAUGAAAACUG